AUGAAGCAGUCCUUCUCCACCAAGCUGCACCGCCGCGAGAUCGAAGACCUAGCCGUACGCUCCAAGGCCUUCCGUAGCCUCUACUCCGACCGACGCCUCAUAAACGAUCUCGACAUCGUCAACGAGCUCGAUGGCCACAGCGGCUGUGUCAACGCCUUGAGCUGGUCGAAGUCGGGCAGCCUGCUGGCUUCAGGCUCGGACGAUCAGCAUUUGAACAUCCACACAUACCAGCCCGAUGCCUCUAGCAGCCAGUUCCAGCUCACGGCUACUGUUGCUACCGGCCAUACCCAGAACAUCUUCUCUGUCAAGUUCAUGCCACACAGCAAUGACAGAACAGUCAUCACAGCGGCAGGCGAUGCACAAGUACGCGUGUUUGAUGUAGAGUACGCAGGACAGGCAACUUCUGCAUCAGCUGCGUCCACAUAUGCUUCAGAGGGAAGACGGAGAGGCCGGAACAAUGUCUACAACGGAGUGAGAUAUCUGAGCGAUGGAGAUACCAACGCACGGGUCUACAAAUCCCACGCCGAUCGUGUGAAGCGGAUAGUCACCGAGUCAUCGCCACAUUUGUUCCUGACUUGCAGUGAGGACGGUGAGGUACGUCAGUGGGACCUUCGCCAGCCCUCCUCGGCAUACCCAGAGCCACGAGGAAAUCGUUUGAGCUCAGACUCUUCUGUGCCUCCACCCUUGAUCUCUUACAAGCGAUACAACCUUGAUCUCAACACAAUAUCUUGCUCUGCAAAUCAGCCUCAUUACAUUGCUCUGGGAGGUGCUCACCUUCAUGCGUUUCUACAUGACCGUCGAAUGACAGGACGUGACAAAUUGAAGGAAAUGGGGAAACCAUUGUCUCCGAUCGAUCGCAUGUCCGCUGAGGAGCAGGACUUGUUGAGUCAAGCAACGCAGUGCGUGAGGAAGUUCGCUCCCCAAGGUCAAAAACGCAUGAAGCGAGCAGACAAUGGCCACAUCACAGCCUGCAAGAUCAGUGACGCCAGACCCGAUGAAAUGGUGGCAAGCUGGAGUGGUGACCAUAUCUACAGCUUCGAUCUCAUUCGAGAUCCCGAACCAAAAGAAGAACGCGAAGGUUUAGGACCUCUGAAGACCAGAAAGGCGAAAGAAAGUGGCGACAAGAAGCGCAAGCGGAAAGCUAACGGCAGCGAGGCUUCUCUGGGCCAGGAAGGUCGAGCUUCUUCCAGGCCACGUACCGAAAGUGCAUCGCAGAGCAGUCAGGAUGCCGCGUUAAGGGUCCGCUACCAGAACGGCCAGUCUGAGGACAUACCACUCCCAAGAUUCCUGACCGAAGACCAGCAAAUGGCCCAGACGAUGGCGAAGAACACUGUCAAGCUGCGCUCGGCCUUGUUUGGAAGAGAGCAGAACUCAGACCCGACCUCUCAAUUUACCACGGCUUUGGGCUUCGCCGGCAGUACCUUGGCAGAGGUUGAUGAGGCAAUGCGACGAUGGGGCUAUCCCAUGUCACCGGCGCCUGAACAAGUCUACGUGCAGCAGACUCUGAGGCGACACCGGGAGAGAACGCGAAGAUUUCUCCAAGCUUCUGGCACUUUGGCUCGAGUCCUAGGCGGAAAGCUGCGUACGACAUCUGGCACGGCCCCGAUCAUGGCUCAUUUCGCCGCUAUUGAGGCUCGUCGUAACGACUUAGAAAUACCUCGAGGGGAGUGCUUUUGCUAUGACUUCCUCAAAGCCGUUCUUCUGUGGCUCGACUCUGGCAUUGGGCGGUUGAUUGAAGGCUUCACUCGUCCAAGCGACAUUCCCUCCACUUCGAAAGCUGCAAGCAGACUGCCUAUUCCCGAGGCUGACGCCACUCCAGAAGCCAUCGAGGAGCACCUGAUCCCCUAUCUAUUGUCAAUGGCAGGCGAUGAACCCAUACUUGACCUUGAAGCCAACGAGUUCUUGAUUGAAGAAAACAGACGACUUUUCUCGACAGAAAAGGCUGCCGUAGCUGCCUUUGCUGCAGCUGUCAAGAUACCAUUUGACGAUCUAUCAUCGGCGAUCGUGGUGUCUGACGGUGAAGGAGCUGAAAACAUUCAGGCGCAAGAUCGCCAAGCUGCCCAUCGAUUCUGGGCUCGUAAGGUGGCGAGAAGCAUACUUCUUCGCGCUGCCGAAGGUCUCAACUUCGCCACGGUCGACCGUGCCUUUGGUGGUAUUGGACGAGUGAUCAGAGAGCUUGCGGAUGAUGAGAUACUUCGCGAUGCCGGUCUUGAAGACGAAGACGUGCAAGAGGACCUCAGGGAUGUAGAGAUCAUUGCUGAGGAUGGUGUCGUUGUUGACGGCUUCAACGCUGAGGAUCUCAGAGCUGCAGCAAGUGAGGCUAGAGCACAUACUGCGGUGGCCCAAGACGAUCCCGAUGAGGGGGAUGAUGCGGCUGAAGUCGAGGUCGUGAUUGAGGAAGAGGAAGACGAAGAUAUUGACGAUGACGAUGAUGACGACGCACUCUCUGACUUCAGCUCUGAGGCUGAUGAAGAAGACGGCGUACCCAACAUCGGUAUUCCUCGAUACAUCUAUCGCCCAGCAUUCGAGCGACGAAGACUAAGACCAAAAGUGGAGGCCAACACUCCAUGCUCAGGACCAACGCGGCAGUACCGCGGCCACUGUAACGUCCGCACAGUCAAAGACGUCAACUACUUCGGUCCAAAUGAUGAAUACGUUGUCUCCGGCUCUGACGACGGCAACUUCUUCAUCUGGGACAAGAAGACCUCCGAACUAGUCAACAUCCUCGAAGGCGACGGCGAAGUCGUCAACGUAGUGCAGUCACACCCGUACGAAACCAUGCUCGCAGUCAGCGGCAUCGACCACACCAUCAAGAUCUUCUCGCCCGACUCCCGAGCCCGCGAAGCCGCUCGUCUCGGACGCGGAAUCUCUGCCCACGACCCCUCUUCUUUCAGCUCGAUUGCCUGGCCGUCGCGAGCGAGACAUCGUGCCCGGCAUAGGUCGUCGACGGAGAACACGAGCACGUCCGAACCUGCGAUGCCGGAAGCUGCAGAUGAGGAUGACGAAUAUGUCGCGCCUGCGGGACUCAGCAGCAAGAAGCGAAUGUACGACUCGUACAGGAUCAUUCAGAACAAUAACAUGGAGCGGGAGGGUGGCAACCAGGAGGCGGUUAUUACGCUUCCACACGCUCAGCUUCUGCAGCUGCUGUUUGGCCAGAUUGGGAAUAUUGGAUUCUGA